CCAAAUUAUCAAAUGAUAGCUACUACAAUGUGAUUACUUCCUUCUCCACAAUGGCCUAACAUUUAAAUUUUUAUGUUGUUUUUACUCUCUAAGCACGAGUAUGUGUAUAACAAGUACAUUUCCUUCCUUAUCCCUUAAGAUAGAAAUUGUCCUGUUGUCCUUAGCAACAUGCUCUUUUUGGACCGAAAGGAGAGAAAUGGAUGGGGGGGGGCAUUGCAGUUUUAUUUAGGGUUUCCAAGAUUGUUGAGGUCGAUUUCCGGCGGACAACGUUUCGUGGCCCGUCUUUCGUGAAAUAUUAGGAAGAUCACUUUUGGCCCGAGUUUGUAUCGUUUGUUGGGUCCAUUAUUGGUCAGCCUCGUAAAUCUCUCAGCCCCUCGGUGAGAAAGGUGCGACCAAUAAACUUGGCUAUGUUAUUUCGCCGAAUCCCUCCUGCUUCAUGGUCCAAGAAACUAUUUUUGGCACAGCUCCCUCAACCGUCGAAACGAGGGAUCCAUGUUCAAGACCAAGACAACAUUGGGCACAAUCACAUCGUGCAAUUGGGCGAUCCAGUACUCCGUCGACCCGUUCUUCCACUUGAUCCGUCAGAAGUCGGCCAUCCCAUCUUUCAAGCACUCGUGGAUCGCUUGGUGGCGACGCUGAAUAAAUAUGAUUGCCUGGGCUUGUCUGCACCUCAAAUUGGUGUUUCUGCACCAAUAAGCGUUGUUCAAUUCACUGCUCAUCAGCUCCAAAAUUGGGAUAAGGACUACGUGGAGCGAUUCGGGUUGGUCGAAGUUCCACUGACUGUUUUGAUUAAUCCCGAAAUGAGGGUUACCGAUGCAGUUGAAGUGUUUGCUCGCGAAGGUUGUGCAAGUAUGCAAGGGUUCUCGGCCGUUGUACCGAGAGCCCGUGAAAUUCACGUGAAGGCCUUGAAUCGAGCGGGAGAGCCGUUUGAAUUUGGUGCAAAGAAUUGGACGGCUCGAAUGAUACAACAUGAAUUGGACCAUCUUCGAGGAAAACUCUUCUUGGACAGGAUGAGACCUGAAUCGCUAGUUUUUAAUCAUUGGCGGAUAGUGAACAAAAGGGGUGGGAAAUACACGAUGAGUUACAGUGGACCGAAAAAGAGAAUACAUGCGUUUUGGAAUCUCUUCAAUCGUCAAGAGACAAAGUGAUUGUUUUCCGUGAUGCCAAGGUCAUAAGUGUGUUAAUUGAACAACCAUUAGUGUUCUACAUAUAAAUGACUUCUCAGCAUGUUUUGUGAAUGAAGGGCGAUAUUGAGGACAACAAAUGGAUGGAACCUUGGAAAUCCGUGACCGUAACGCCAACAAGCGUCUUGUACCCCUCAGAAAGCCGUCAACCCAAUUGUAGUCCAGUUCCUGUGCCGUGACUCAUCCUCGUUGAAUCUUCGCGAUGUUUUCACAGAAUAAACAAAAGUUUCUAUCGUAAAGUUCAGCCUUCUUGUCGUCUCGGGAGUUUAGCUGCCCAAUGACAGAUUUUACCUAAACUCCAUUCGUUAAGGGUGGAGGAAA